AUGGCUCCAUCAUCUGAUAAGAAGGAUAAAGUGUCGUCUGAUCCUAGAUUUGCAAAUAUCCAAAACGAUCCAAAAUUUAGGAAAACCAAGCUUUCUAAAUUUAAAAUUAAACUUGAUGAUCGUUUUAGUAAAGAAGAUUUGAACCUAUCCCACAAAAAGGGAAAAAGAUUUGACAAAUACGGUAGAAGAAUCGAGGACGAUAAUUUAGUUGAAAAGAAAGAUUUUGAUAAAUACUUUGAAAAAGAUGAUGACAAGCGUGAUGACGAUAGUGAAAAAAUUGGAGAUCAAAUUAAUACUGUUGAUAGAGCUCGUGGUGAGGUGCCCUCUGACUACAUGUCUUCAUCAGAUGAAGUAUCAUCUUCAGAAAGUGACGAUGAUGCUGAUAGUUUUAUGGAUGAUGAUGAUGAUGAUGAAUCCGAGAUAGAACUAGAGGAAAGCAAACCAGAUGAAUGUGAACCAACAAAAACAAUUGCAUGUGUCAAUAUGGAUUGGGAUCAUAUUAGAGCAGCAGAUUUAAUGAUCACUUUCAACUCAUUUGUUCCUAAAGGUGGUAAAAUUAUAAAAGUAGUUAUUUAUCCAAGUGAGUUUGGUAGAGAAAGGAUGCAAAGAGAAGAAGUUGAGGGUCCACCAAGGGAACUAUUUAAAAAAAAAAAAAAUCAUUCAAAGAAAGACCGGGAAGAUAAUGAAGACAUCGACAUUAAAGACUUGUAUGAUGAAGGGGAUGCAGAUGAAGAUUAUGAUAUUAAAACUUUACGUCGUUAUCAAUUAGAAAGACUGCGUUAUUACUAUGCAAUUGUUUAUUGCAACAAUGUUGCCACCGCCAAAGCUAUAUGUGACAAUUGCGAUCAUACAGAAUAUGAGGCCAGUUCCAAUAUGUUUGACCUAAGGUAUGUUCCAGAUGAUAUGGUAUUUGACAAUGACACUGCAAAAGAUGAAUGUAGUGAGAUUACAAAAAACUAUAAACCUUUGGACUUUACAACUGAUGCUUUGCAACACUCGAAAGUUAAGCUAACAUGGGAUGAAACACCAGCAGCAAGGGUUGAAUUGGCUAAAAGAGCAUUUACUCAGAGGGAAAUUGAAGAUAUGGAUUUUAAAGCUUAUUUGGCUUCUGAUACAGAUAGCAGCGAUGGAGAAUCAACUAAGAUUGAUGAAGAAGCCAAAAACAAGUUGAAAAGUUUGGUUUCGUCCGUUGCUAAAGUUGGGGACAAAAAUAUAUUUGAAAAUAAAAACAACAAAGACUCUGAAAAAGAUGACGACGUUGACAUGGAAAUCACCUUUGAGCCCGCAUUAGGUGGUGAAGCAAAUAAUAAUGGUGAUAAAAAGGAAAAAGAUGUUGAUCAUGAAGAAGAAGAGGAAAGUACCAUUGAGAAAUUCAAACGUAGAGAAAAGGAGCGUCGUAAACUUAGAAAAAACAAAAUUAAGGAAUUGAAAAAACAGGAUCAUGAAAAGAAGAAAUCACUUCUUAAAACAAAAGAUGAGGUUUCAGAUGAUAAUCAGCAAAAGAAGAACGCUGCUGAAUUAGAGUUAUUGAUGUUGGAGGCUAAUGAUACGAUCGACAAAAACCCCAAUAAAAAGGCGCAUUUCCAUAUGAAUGAAAUUAUUAAGAGCGAAAAGGAAAAGGGUAAAAAAUCAAAAUACCAAAAGAAAGAUAAAAUAAUUGAAGACGAUUUCAAACCAGAUUUGAAUGAUCCUAGAUUUAAGGAAAUUUUUGAAGAUCAUGAUUUUGCCAUUGAUCCAACACAACCUGAGUUCAAAGGAACUAAAGCCAUGAAAACUAUUUUAGAAGAACGCUCUAAUCGUACUAAUAAAAAUACGAGCAAAAAUAAGAAAAAUUCCAUGAAAAAUAGUUCUAAAAAUUAUAAAAUGAAAGUCAAUGGUGAUAAUAAAGAUAAACCCAAGGAUUAUAAAAAUAGGAAUAAAAAAAGAAAAAUUAAUGAAUCUAGUAGUGGUUUGACUGAUUUGGUUAAUAAAGUUAAACAAAAAUAUCAAAAGAAAUAG